CAGGUGUCUCUCAUACUAUUCUUGCAUUGGUUUUGUUUAUGCCGUAAAACAUUGCCAGUUUAUGGAAAUUCAGCUCUGAAUAGAAAAUAGAGGACUUUGUUGAAGUACCAAAGGUUAAUUUGAUAAACUGAGACCUUAACGAGAGAUGGAGGCUGUUUUAGGACUGUUGGUGAUCUCAGGAGGAGUGUCUCAUGGCUUGGAUACUUCCUGUGAUGCUAGAGAGGAUGGAUCUCAGUGUUAUGGAGCUCUGGGAGGAACUGUCUAUCUCCAGCUGAUCACUAAUGCCACGGGAAAUUAUGAACUCUUAUUUUGGAAAGCCUCAACUGGUACUAGAACAAAUAUACUCAAAAGUAAGAAUCACAAACUGGUAAUAAGAAACAGUCCCAUUAAAGACAGAGUACACUUCUUUACAAACAAUGGGACAUUUAGGUUAAAUAACACAAGAAGGAAUGAUUCUGGUAAAUACCUGCUAGAAACGUAUAAUACAAAAGGGACAUUAAUCUGGACCAGUGGACUACAACUGUUCAUCGAAGCUCCAGUGUCCUCUCCUCAGCUGUACUCUGAGUGUCUGUCCCAUGGAGAGAUGAGGGUGUCCUGCUCCUCUGGGGGGGACGGUCCCCAGUACAGCUGGACUCUGGAUGGACAGACACUGAGAGACACUGAGACCUCUCCUGGUGAUGAGACAAACACCAUCACUCUGAAGAAAGGCCUGUCAGGAGAUCUCACCUGUACCAUCAGAAACAACAUUAGUAGUGUUGCUGUCAGCAAGAGAAUCUCACACUGUCCAGGACCAGGGUUUGUUUAUUUCCAACUUGCUGAAGUCUUCAUUCUGCUGUCAGUCUGUCUGGGAUCAUACUGGUUUUACAAGAAGAAAACCUGUCAUCAAGAACAAGAUGAUUGUGAGUAAGCAGAGCGUAUGCAGUCUCUCAGGUGGAUCACGGUGGGACUCAGAGGGGGGGUGUUGAUGUCCUGAGAGUUGCCAUGGGGACCAUGACUAAUGACUAAUGAUGAUGUUAUACUGCUUAUCACUGUUUUAAUCUUUAAUGGAGCUCAAUCUCAAAGCACAGUUAUAUGUUCACUCAAAAUAUGCCAUUUAGUUCUUUUGACAUUCAUUUUCUUAGUUUCAUAAUGUUCCUUAAGACCUGUCCGUAACAAGUUAAUAAUGAAUGA